UUUGUUGCAUGUUUUUAUUCGACUUUUGUUGGAGGGCUUCGUACACUGGGUUUCACGUUCAUCCACAGGCAACCACCUGAAUAUGCAAUGGCUGGAAGGCGUAACAUAAAAUAUGUCAAGCCAAACGAGCCGACUUUCCUGUCCAAAUUUAAAGAGAGUGUCGGCUACAAGGAAGGACCAACUGUCAAUACUAAGAAGCACAUGCAAAGUUUUGACAGUGAUGAAGAUGAUGAUAGGCCGGAAGAGGAUGAAGAGAAACCUGUAGUCGUGGCUACCAAGUCAGGAGAUCUGUCGCAGGAGGAAGCAGAGCAUUAUGCAAAGUCUGUGGGAAAGAAAUUAACAGAUCUUGGUAAAGAUGAUACAACAAUUGAUGGCAAGAUAAAAUACAAGAAGCCAAAAAAGAGAGAAUCCAGUGAAGGAGGAUUAGGAGGAACUUCAUCCAAGAAAAAGAAAACAGAUGAGAAAGAAGACACAAAGAAAAAAACAAAAAUGACUCAAGUGAAAAAUUCAAGUUUGUUGUCAUUUGAUGAUGACUCUGAGUAGUGUUCUCAUCAAUGUGUCUUUGGCUGAGUAACAAUGUUGACUAAGUAUCUCAGUUUACUGUUAAACUUGCACUUGACUGCAAUUCAAAUGUGUAAACUUUAUGAUGAUGUAAAUUCUGAAAAGUAUGAACAGUUUAAAAGAUUUACAUUUAAUAGUCAAUCAUGCUUUAGUUACUUAUACAGUAUAAAUGAAAGCUUCAACAAGUGAUAAAAUGUUUAGCAUGAAAUCUGCUUGCCACAAUAGUUGUACAACAUGAUUGAUAUCACCAGUGGCUGAUCGUGAAUUAGACUAGUUAAUUGAUGAUGUGACAUUUCUUGCGAUACGUUGCUCUAAUGCACUGACUCAGAGUUCUAGACUGUCCUGGCAGGUCUCCAUCAACAAAACUAGCCAACACUCACCCCAGGAAAGACUGUUAAGUUGAUACUUAACUCAAUGUGAAGUGGUGAACACAUUUGUAUGAUUUUCUUGAUUUUUAAAAACUCAGAACUAACAUAUAGUAGUUAAACAUUUUGCAAACAAUCUGUGACUGCCAUAUUUUUUUC